AACUCAUUACUAAAUUCCAUCGAAAAACAUCACACAAACCAAAAAACAAACCAAAGAAAACUUGAGAAUCUAGACCAAAAACUAAAAUGGCCAGAGCUCAUCAGAUUACCAUCAUUAUCCUCCUGAUAUCCUUCAAUCUCCUCACAUUCAUCAACUCCGCUAGACUUCUUGAUGAGAUCCAACCUCAGUUGAUCCCUACAGGCCAAAUCCCUGCUGUGGCUCCAACCGAAGCUGUGGAGGAUGAUGGCACCGAUGACAACAACCUUGGACCUGCAACAUCAACCACAGCUGCAUCAGCAAUUACAGUCCCAGCCGGUCCAGCAGGUGUGACAGCGGGUGGACCCGAACCGUUACUAGAGUUCUUUAUGCACGACGUGCUAGGCGGGUCUCACCCCUCGGCUCGUGUGGUUACUGGAAUAGUAGCUCAAACCGAAGUGAACGGUAUACCAUUCUCAAAAGCCAGCAACAGCAUUUUCCCGGUUGACAAUGGAGUCCCACUGGUAAACUCAAACAACAUCAACAGUGUCAUUAACCCAAACACAGCUCCACUUCUCACCGGACUUAGUGGUGCUCAAACCUCCACAGUAAUUCAAAACACAAACGGAAAUUCUAACGAUGCCCUUGACGCCAACAGUCUCCCUUUUGUAACCGCCGGGAACCUCCCUCCUGGUGCUGCCCUCCAACAUCUCAUGUUCGGAACCAUAACUGUGGUGGACGAUGAGCUAACCGAAAGCCACGAGCUUGGCUCAGCUGUUAUAGGGAGAGCUCAAGGCUUUUACUUGGCCAGUUCCUUGGACGGCACAAGCCAGACUCUAUCUCUGACGGUAUUGCUACAUGGAGAGCAUGAUCACCAUGACACUUUAGAUGACGCCAUUAGUUUCUUUGGUGUUCACCGGACCGCCUCUCAUGCCUCCCAGAUUGCAGUUAUUGGCGGGACCGGGAAGUUCGAGCACGCAAAAGGGUAUGCCAUAGUGGAGACUCUGCAUAACCAGAACAACCAGCAUAUCACUGAUGGUCAAGACACCAUCCUCCAUUUCAGUAUAUACCUCACCUACAAAGCUUGAAGAGAAAAUGAGACUUAAACAAGAAAUGAUUGCUUUUGUAUAUGUUCUUCCUCACUAGCUUCUGCUUGUGGCCUUUUUUUCUUUGUUGUGCAAAUCUUAAAUCCAAUGAAAUUUUAUUAAAAUGAGACUGUUUCAAUCAAAUUCCUGUUUCAUUCACACAAAAAAACUUGUUGAAACACU